UCACAACAAUUAUCUCUCUGUCCUUUCACGUCCACGGGAGGGAGCACAUGAUUCUGAUUGGUCAGAUCUCUGGCAGAUUAAAUGUUAUUGGAAUACAGAAAACACACAAACAUGGACGCGUUCCUCUGGAUCCUUCUUGUGUGCUUCGCCAUCCAGGGGAGUCAAGGGACAGCAGAUGGUGGUAGACCCCUGGUGGAAACAACGUACGGAGAAAUCAGAGGGACAACGCUAACUGUAAAAGAGGUGGACAGAACUGUACACGCUUUCUAUGGAAUCCCCUUUGCCAAACCACCAGUGGGGCCGCUACGAUUUGCAGCACCAGAACCACCCGAACCCUGGAAGUCAGUUAGAGAAGCUGCAGAAUAUCCACCCAUGUGCCUCCAGCAGAUGGAAAUGACCAAAAAAAUGUUGAAGUUAAUAGAAGUGGAUGUCACUUAUCCUCCGGUGUCUGAAGACUGUCUGUACCUAAAUAUCUUCACUCCAUCUGACCGAGGUGACAAUGACAGACUACCGGUCAUGGUGUACAUACACGGCGGGGGGCUGGUAUUGGAGUCCGCCUCUCUGUAUGAUGGCUCUGCACUGAGCGCUCAUGAAAACGUGGUAUACGUGGCGAUCCAGUACAGACUGGGAAUUCUGGGAUUCCUCAGCACCGGAGAUGGGCAGACGGCCUCUGGAAACUAUGGACUUUUGGACCAAGUGGCGGCUUUGCGGUGGAUUCAGGAGAACAUUCAAGAUUUCGGAGGUGACCCAGGAUCUGUCACUAUAUUUGGAGAGUCGGCGGGUGGAGUCAGCGUCUCUGCACUGGUUCUCUCCCCGUUGGGCAAAGGUUUGUUCCAUCGUGCCAUCGCACAGAGUGGAGUGGCCAUAAUGCCAGGGCUCAUGGUCAGCUCAACAGAGGAGCUCAUUUUUUACAGGGAUUUUGUGGCUAAUGAGUCGGGAUGUGAGCCGUCCUCUUUGGUGGACUGUCUACGAAUGAAGUCUGAGCAAGAGAUCUCCUCCAUCAUCUCCACCUCGGCAUUCUUACCGAUACCAGCCUGUGUGGAUGGAGUUUUCCUGCCAAAGCCCGCAGAGGAGAUAUUGGCUGCCAAAGAAAACAACAAAGUGCCAUUUAUCAUCGGCAUUAAUGUACAUGAAUUUAGUUGGCUCAUCCCAAAGAGUUUGGACUUGAAGUACAUGGACGGACUGCCAAAGGAAUCCAUCCAAUCCGAGCUGGGCCGUUCCAUGUUCCUGGGGGAGAUCACCGGUCUGGAUUACACAUUGCUGGACGAAUACUUCGGAAGCACGGACGACCCCCUGGAAAACCGAGAUCACUUUCUAGACCUGCAGGGCGAUGUCAUGUUUGUCAUGCCAGCCCUAAAGAUAGCAAAACUUCACAGAGAUUCUGGAUCCCCCGUCUACUUUUAUGAAUUCCAGCACCGUCCAUCCUUGUUUGAGCACAGUAGACCGCAGUGGGUGAAGGCCGAUCACGGUGAUGAUCUGGUGUUCGUGUUCGGAGGUCCUUUCCUGAGAGAUGGCGCUUUCUUUAAAUCAUACAAUUACCCAGAAGAGGAGAAGAAACUCAGCAAAACUGUCAUGAGAUACUGGGCCAACUUUGCUCGAACCAGUGACCCGAAUGGGCCUGGCCUGGCUCGGUGGCCGCAGUACGACCAGGAUGAAGACUAUCUGCAAAUUGAUUUUCAGCAGAAAGUGGCUCGGAGACUGAAAGAUGGAAAAUUCAACUUCUGGACCAAAGUUCUCCCCGAGAAGAUCCGGAAGAUGUCGGAGGAGACCGAAGAGCACAUCGAGCUGUAGAGUCCUCUGGAGAUCAUGUGGAGGAGCGCUGAGGGCGGAGUCAGACGUUUGCUGUGUGUGAAGAACAAUAAAAGAUGCAGAAUGUGUCAAUUA